AUGGACCCGCUGACGCUUCUCCGGGAGUACACAAUUCGGAACGCCCUUGACAAGAUUGUGCGGGUCAAUGACGAUUACCGAUUCGGCACUGACUACUCCUUUCCGGCUGCAAUCGAGACUGCAUACCGCUCCAAGCACGGCUCGCGCUAUACGCUUGAAACCCUAAUCUACUUCAUCACCAACUACCACCUGAAGCAUGUAGAUUACAUGCAGAAUGCACGCGCCAUCCGCAUCCCCCCCGUCACGCUCCCUGACCGGAAAGCCCUCCUUGAUUACCUUACCGGAAAAAUUAAGUCUUCUGACUCCAUCCUCCCCCUCGAUUUCCCGAAUAUUCCCCACGUCGCUCCUGUUAAUGUAGAUCGUAAUCUGGAACUUGAUGGCAAUGAAUUUGCUACACUGGAUGGUUUAGUGAAUGAGAAGAACUCGAUAGAACUAAUUAGGGCCAGGGAGAAGCCUAUCAAAGACAGGCAGGGAAUGUUGGUUUCUAAGGGCCGGGAUUUUUAUAGCGUUUUGACUUCUGCAAUGAAACGGGAUGAAGAAAGGCAAAGAAUGGAGGGGUUGCAGAGGAAGGAUAAUAUUGUUGCAAAGAAUAGAAUUGAGAGCAGAGGGUUGGGAUUAGGAGAAGAGACCACAAAGAUGCGGAAGAUUGGGGAAGGGGUUCCAAUUAUUCUGGUUCCCAGUGCAUUCUCCACUUUGAUCACAAUAUAUAAUGUGAAAGAAUUUUUGGAGGAUGGGGUGUUUAUACCAACGGAUGUGAAGGUUAAGCAGGUAAAGGGGGGGAAGCCUGAUUGCGUGACGGUGCAGAAGAAGUUUAGUAGGGAUCGGGUGGUGACAGCAUACGAGGUGAGGGACAAGCCAUCCGCGCUGAAGAGUGAGGAUUGGGAUCGUGUGGUUGCGGUUUUUGUUCUCGGAAAGGAGUGGCAGUUCAAGGACUGGCCUUUUAAGGACCAUGUCGAGAUCUUUAACAAGAUUCUUGGGUUUUACAUGCGUUUUGAGGAUGACAGCGUGGAAUCAGCAAAAACUGUGAAGCAGUGGAAUGUUAAGAUCAUUUCGAUUAGUAAAAACAAACGGCACCAAGACAGAGCUGCGGCACUUGAGGUGUGGGAUAAACUUGAAGAAUUUAUGCGGUCUCGAUCUCGUUGA